AAAAGUAAGAGAGAAAGAGAUCAGGCUGUGCUUUUCUUUUUCUUUUCUUUUUUUUCUCCUUCUUUUGUUGGUAGAGAUGGAGUUUUAUAGCGAGCACAAUUUCUUGGAGGAAUUACUAGCUCUAAGAAGUGAGCCAUGGGAAGGUUCUGUUCCGAUGGGAUUGAUGAAUCAUGAUUUUUACAGCAAUGUUUUCGGCAGCGAUCUUGCAGCUGGUUUUGCUGAAAACACCAUCCCCAUUCCUCCUCCAAAUGCAUCUCUUGAAGGUUAUUCUUUGCCUAUUGAUCAAACUCAAAGUUUGAACUACUCCGCAUUUGGUGAAUUCUAUGGCCAUUUUGGAGAUGAAUUAUCGCCUCCCGAGCUAACAGAUUCAUCCUGCAACAAGCUCGAUACCCCUCAGUUUCCAUCUCAAGAAGAUUUGUCCGUCAUGGAUGAUGAUGAUCAGGGUUUAUUUGCUGGAAACAAUAACAGCGUUCAGAGUUUGGAGCUGGUCAGACCACCAUUGUGUAAGGUGGAGGAGCUGCAGGAGCCAUUUCAAUCAGCUGAAGCUUUAGUGCCCUUGUUCAACAUGGGAAUGGUCUGCCCUGAAAGAAAGAACAACAAAUCCAAGAAGCUAAAUGGACAGCCCUCAAAGAACCUAAUGGCUGAGAGAAGGCGAAGGAAGCGCCUCAAUGAUCGCCUCUCAAUGCUCAGAUCAGUUGUUCCUAAGAUCAGCAAGAUGGACAGAACAUCUAUACUUGGAGACACUAUAGAUUACAUGAAAGAACUGUUAGAAAGAAUCAACAACAUACAAGAAGAAAAGGACGUGGUGUCUAAUCAGCCAAGCUUGAUGAGCAUCUUCAAGGAUGUGAAGCCCAAUGAAGUUUUGGUACGAAAUUCACCCAAGUUUGAUGUGGAAAGGAGAAACAAUGAUACCCGGAUCGAGAUAUGUUGCUCAGGGAAGCCUGGUCUGUUGCUUUCGACCUUGACUACUCUAGAAGCACUGGGCCUGGAGAUUCAACAGUGUGUCAUCAGCUGCUUUAAUGAUUUUACAGUCCAAGCUUCUUGCUCAGAGGAAUUGGAGCAGAGAGGAAUUUUGAGUUCGGAAGAUAUAAAGCAGGCACUAUUUAGAAAUGCUGGAUAUGGUGGAAGAUGUCUUUAGCGACAGACGGACGAAGCUAGUAAAUUAUUAGAUGGGGAAAAGUGACAAAUUAAUGUGGGUUUGCCCUUGUUAGUGGAUAGAAGAUGAUUCUGAGUCUGAAUCUUUGCCUUUUGUCAAGAAUCAGUACUCCAAUGAGAGACGUUGCUAGUGAAUUUUGUAAUUUUUU